AUGGACUCAUGUAAGAUGUUUGUCUUAUUAUGGAUGUUGCUGUCGUCCACCUCCACUGGAAUCAAACUAGAUGGAAAUGGUUAUGUUGACAUUGUCAUUGCAAUCAGUUCAAAAGUACCUCAGGAUAACAGACUUAUUGAUAAAAUCAAGGAGAUGAUUACUGAGGGGUCGUUUUACCUUCAUGAUGCAUUAGAUGAAAAGGUCUAUUUCAGAGAAGCUACAAUACUAGUCCCACCUCAGUGGAAUGGUACAAACUUUACCAAAGCAAGAACGGAGUCCUUUGGAAAGGCCAAAAUAAGAAUUGAUAAUCCUAAUCCAGCAUACGGUGUUGAACCAUACACUAAUCAAUAUGGUGAAUGUGGAGCUGAGGGAGAGUACAUUCAUUUCACCCCAGAAUACCUCCUGAAUGAUACUUUUAUUCAGCUGUAUGGAUCAAGAGGAAGGGUCUUUGUGCAUGAAUGGGCUCAUGUGAGAUGGGGCGUAUAUGAUGAACACAAUAGAGAAAAGCCAUUUUACCACUCUAAUGGCCGUAUUGAAGCUACAAGGUGUAGCAAAAACAUUGAAGGUCAGUUUUAUGAAGUUACUGCUGGAGGAUCUCUUCAACAGUGCCGCAUUGAUCCACAAACUUCACUACCUACCAAGGGGUGUAUGUUUUUUCUGGACAGAAAUCAAAUCACAAACAGCUCCAUUAUGUUCUUACCGGGUCUGGAUCCCGUGACUACAUUUUGUAAAGAAAAUGAGCACAAUUAUGAAGCUCCAAACAUGCAAAAUAAAAAAUGCGAGAAAGCAACAUGGACUGUAAUAUUUGAGGAUUCUGUGGAUAAAGACACACUUCGUUCUCUGAAACCACUGCAGUCCCCUCCACCACCACCAUCUUUCAAAGUUGUUCAGCGAAAGCAACGGGUCGUUUGCCUCAUCCUUGAUGUCUCGGGAAGCAUGGCAGGCUCUAGAAUUCUUCAACAGCAACAGGCUGCCACACAUUUCCUGCGGAACAUCAUUGAGGAUCAAGCCAGGGUUGGAAUUGUAACCUUUAGUACUUUUCCUUUUACUCUGAGCCGCUUGACUACUAUUGACAGCGACACCACAAGAGAAAAUCUUAUCAAAUUGUUGCCAAAAGUAGCAAGUGGAUCAACAAACAUGUGCUUGGGCCUUAGUCAAGGCUUACAGGUACUUCAAGCAGAUAAUGGGGAUGCAUUAGGAGAUGAAAUUGUUUUUCUGACAGACGGUCAGGCAACGGACAACAUUGCUGGUUGUGCUCCAUCUGCAAUACAAAGUGGUGCCAUCAUACACACACUAGCUUUUAGUAACAGUGCAGCUCAUGCACUAACAGAAAUGGCGAACAAAACUGGGGGAAAAUUUUUAUCACCCAAUGAUAAAACCACGUCUAACCAGUUAAUGGACGCGUUUGCUUCGCUUACAUUGUCAACUGGAGAUUACACAAACGAACCAGUUCAGCUAGAGAGUGUUGGAGCAAGAACAUCUGAUUGGUUCAAUGGGACAGUAUCAGUGGAUCAGACUGUUGGGAACAAAACCAGCUUUGUAAUAAUCUACGAAAUACGUUUCCCUAGCAUUUAUAUACAGUCACCAAGUGGCUUAAUCUACACUCAGACAAAUAUGAGUCAUGAUGGAUUGCAGAAAACCGUCACUUUAAACGUUUCAGGAACUGCAGAGCCUGGGGACUGGAAGUACAGUAUCCAAACUACAGUACUUCAGGCUUUGACUCUAACAGUAACGAGUCAAGCAGCACAAGCUGAUGUUCCUCCUAUCACUGUCAAAACCCACAUGGACCAGCAGUUCAGUGACGGCACUAAACCCAUGAUAGUGUUUGCUGAGGUUAGUCAGAAUUACAGGCCUGUCAUAAAUGCUGAAGUGUGGGCUACACUGGAGUCGGAAACUGGCUCCGUACAUACAUUACAACUCCUGGACAAUGGAGCAGGAGCUGAUGCUUUUCGAGAUGAUGGAAUCUAUUCCAGAUAUUUCAUAAAGAUGGUAAACGGGAGAAGCAGCUUGAAAGUAAGAGUGAAGAAUCAUGAUGGACAAGCCAGAUUUGCUGUCCUAUAUGUCCCUGGAUGUGUGCUUAAUGGUGUAGUGCAGCUGACCCCUACAAAGCCUCCCGUUUUUGAAGAACCACUUGACGUUGGAAAUUUUACCAGAACAGACACCGGAGAGAGUUUUGAGGUGAAACUUUCGGGCACAACUCCACCAAAUUUCCCUCCUAACAGAAUCACGGAUCUGAUUGCUGAGAUCCAGGAGGACACUGUGCUUCUCAACUGGACAGCUCCUGGUGAGGACCUCGACCAAGGGACAGCUAAAUCCUAUGAGAUCAGGUGGAGCUUUGACCUUAAAAUGCUUCGAUUCAACUUCAGCAAUGGACAUUCAGUCAACACAACUGCUGUCUCACCUCAGAAGGCUGGAUCAGUUGAAGAGCAUUCAUUCAAUCUCAAUAUCACAAUCCAAAAUGGCACCACACUCUUCUUUGCAGUUCAGUCAGAGGACAAACAAAAAGCAAAAUCUGAAACCUCCAACAUUGCUCAAGCUUCAAAGAUCCUCCCUGGUCCAAAACCUCUAGAAAUAUCAAACCCAGACAUGAGCUUGACAGUUCUUGUCAUUUCUUUGUGUGUGGUAACUAUGGUCAUAUGCUUUAUUGUUGUUCUAGUCAUAUGUGCAGUGAAACGCAGAAAACGCUCUGCUCAAAGUGAUAUGGCAUUAAUAAUUGCAAAUGAAUGUUCAAACAAUCUUCAUGCCUAAUUUGAACAUAAAUAUGCACAUCCAGCAGCGUUAAGACAUAAUCAAUGCCAUCAAACAGAAUUUCUUAUUUUUUUAAUAUUUUUGCAGCAUGUGUAAUCUUGCACAGAUUAUUAAGAAGGAUUUCUGUUUUGUCUAUCACAUAGGAUUCUGUGGAUUGAAUAUAAUGUCAUAAUUAUUCAGUUAGGUGUACAAUUAUCCACUGUAAUACAAAACAAAUCCUGAACUCUCUGUGCCUCAAUGAUUGAUUCUGCUUGGUGAAAGACGACCAGUUUCUAAUUAGAAAACAGUAACCUUUGCUGCCUCGUGUGAUUUCUGCUCCUGUGUGUGAAUAACAUUACAUUGUGACCAUGUUACUAUAGUGUAACAUCUAGUGUUGAUUCUCAUAGUUCCAUUUUCUUUCUUUUCUUUUUCCAAAUAAAUAAAUGACCAUUUAUUAAAUGUCCCCGAAAUAUCUCCUUUUUACAGCAUUUUCAAAACACUCUUAAAAUACACUGUAGUAAGCCAUUGCAGUAUAGCCAGCAACAGUUUGAAAAUACAUGGUCAAGCCAGCCAUGAUAUAUAUAUAU